AUGCUUCGCCUCGCAUUGUUGGCCGGUAUUGGCCUAGCCAAAGGGGCAUUGGGUGUCAAUCUCAUUGCCUCUCACUUCAGCGGCGGCAUCUAUACCCUUUCUCUGACCACCACAGGUACCAGCGGUACCAUCUCGGUGACAUCUCAAACCAACGGAUGCGGGACUACUCCCGGAUGGAUUGAGUUGUACUCCGACACUCGAAAACUUUAUUGCUUUGACGAAUCGUGGACGGGUCGCGGCCAACAUGCCGAGUUCAACGUUCAGAACGAUGGACGGCUUUCCCUAGCCUCGUCUUUGCAGGUUUCAGGCAAUUCUGGCAGUCGGGUACAACAGACGGAAAAAUUCACCCUUGCUCGUCGUGGGCCCCAUCAAAGACAGGAUGUCCCUCAUCCCCACGAGGUGCAUCUUGAUCCUACCGGAAAGUUCAUCCUUGUUCCUGACCUGGGUGCCGAUUUGAUCCGCGUGUUCCGCAUUGACACCAACUCUGGCCGUCUCACUUCAUGUGCUUCCCACGCAACCGGUGCCGGUGACGGACCUCGUCACGUAAAGUUCUGGAAGUCGGAGAGCGGCAAGGAAAAGGUUUUCUCCCUCAACGAGCUUGGCAAUUCCGUUUCUGCCUGGGAUGUCAACUACACCAACGACUGCAUCUCGCUCACCAGGACUCACAGCAUCUCCACCUACGCCCCCGGCAAGAAAGGUGGCGCCAACACCAAAGCGGCCGAGAUUCGUACUUUUGGAAACUUUUUGUACGCUUCCAACAGAGCUGAUCAGACGUUUGGCAACUCUCAGGAUUCCAUCGCCAUUUACACCAUCGACCCCACCACUGGUGCCAUUGCCUGGCUUGAGGCGGCCAACAGUUACUCGUACUAUCCCCGUACAUUUGCCUUCAACAAGAACGGCACCCUCGUCGCCAUUGGUGGUCAAACCUCGAGCAACGUGGCUAUUGUGGCAAGAGACACUGCAACUGGUAAGCUUGGAAACUUGGUGGCCAACGUCCAAGUAGGCCAAAAAGGCCGGGCUGGUGAAGAAGAUGGUUUGAGUGCUGUUGUCUGGGCCGAGUAA